GGACAAUGUUGACUCUUUCUAUCUUAGGAAAGUUAUUGAAGUAUAUAAACUAAAGAUUAUCCAGGACAUGAACGCAUUCAAAAGAUUACUGAGAGAUGCAGAGAUUAACUACUACUGCUUGUAUAAAUGUUAUACGUUCCUCCAGUCUACUGGCAAUGCUGACUUAUUGCUCAAGUGUUCGCUGAGAGAAGCACAGAGUCAAAAUGAAAAGGAGAGCAAAGCAGUCUUGGAUUCUCUUGAUGAGUUUAUGCACAGAAAAAAUGAGACGGUGACAAAAAAGACAUCGGCUACUGCAACCGGCUCAACUAUAGACCUCAUAUAAAUUAUUAUAUUAUUGGCAGCAGUAAUGCUUUUAUACCAUAUAUAAUAUUUGCUACUUUAAUAUCUAUGCUACUACUAAUUUUACAAAUGAGCCAAUUAUUAUUGUAUGUAAGAUAUUUUGAUUUGACCUUUGUCCCACUUGUACAUGCAUCAAGAUGUCUGCCCCUGGUGAUUUAGCAACUCUUUCCGGUCACUUAAAAGCUAUGGCAAUAUAUAAACCAGACAUAACCUUACUCCCCGUGUUGGUUCUCUUAAAGAUCGAGUCUUUCCUGAAGGAAGAGGACAGCCAGUCACUCAGUUUGGUAUGCAAACGUUUUUAUUCAGUUUUACCACAUUAUCUAGUGAUGAGGGGUAAGGAUUUUAUGAUAAAUGGCCCACCUCGGGGCCCCUGCACACCCGAACAUUACUUCAAUGGCCCGCGGCUGACUGGUUCGGUGAAGAAGCUAGUAAUAUCUUUAAAAUGGAAGGAUCAAGGUUGGGGGGAAUUUUAAGGGAGACGUCUUUUUAAAAUUAAUGAGAGGCAAAGAGGCUGUUGCAGUGAAGUACCGUCCGCUUGGCACUGCUCCACACAAAGAGGAAGAAGCAAGGACCGAGCUGAUGAAUGAGCCCAUUGUAACUGAAGCUAGAGCAGGAGACUAUUAUGAGUUUGGUAGGAAUGCUGGUGGAGGUGGUGGUCAUAAACUUACAGUUAAAAACUACAGAGUAGCUGUACAUUAUUAUUAGUGGCAAUGGAGAUUUACUCUUAGCAUAAAACUGACUAUACACUGUCACUGUCAAUCAUUAGCUACUUUACUGUCAUUUUUUCUACACUAUCAUAAUCAUCACUGCCAUUUUUUUCAUUUUACUCAAUAUUAUUGAUCCUUGUCAACUGAACAUUCAUUUAGUCGCUGUCAAUCAUCACUGUCAUUUUUUUCUAUUUACUCAAUUAUCAACUGAACAAUGAACAUUGAUCUCAUCAUUUAAUCCCUUUCAGUCUUUAGUUUAAUAUUAUCAUGUUAGAAGUGCUCUUUAGUUUCUAUGAUCAAAAUGUAGGUGUAUUGUGGGCUGGCCAAUAAAUUCCGUCACACCUACACAGAAAUUUGAUUCUGUAGCUAUGAAGUUUCUCCUUGUUGCAAUAACGUUUCUGUUUGUGUUUAACUGCCAAAGUGAUGAAGACCUAACUCCUUUCAUUGCCUGGUCUGACAAUGACUUGCUCUCCAGGAUGCAAACCAAAUACAACAUUGAUGACCUGACUAGUGACUUAUCUAAGCUUGAAGCUGGAAAAGUUGACCUGGUUAUUCUAUUCAAUUCAAGAAAACUCUCAUUCAGUGGGAUUGCUCAAAAUGGUGGUGUCUUUUAUGAAACGUCCUCUGCUCUUGAAUAUUUAAAGAAUGAGUUUGAAUCAUCUCGCUCGCAGUAUUGGACAGGGUAUAGGUCUAUUGGAGCCAAUUGGAUGGCAGAACUUGCAAAUAAAAUGAGACUUGGAAUACAAUACAAAAGUGACAGAGAACUGAAGAAUGCAUCCAUGCUAGCAAGCUACUCUGACCCAAAUAAUCUGCUAGUUAUAAAUCUUCAAGGUGAUGACAUCAAGGCUCAUGAUCAUUUUAUCAAUUCUAUCAUGACAAAAGUAAGGGAAAUGAAGUUAACUUAUUUAGCAAUUUACACAAGCAACACUGAACUAAGGCAUUUGAUACAUCCUCGGAGCAUUAAUGAUAAAAUAAAAGUCAAAGGAGGAGAAGAAAAUUCGGUUGACAAUAACUGCCCAGUUGGCGGACUAUUCAAUAAGAGUGAAGAUGGAUCACCUUGUAUGCUUUUCUGCAUGAACAAUAAUGUUGUAUUUACACCAAAUGCAAGCAAUUCAGCAUACACCUGCUCACUAAGCAGUCCUUAUAAUGUUACUGGAUGCUGUGAAUCAGACCUAAACAAGACUCUAGGCUGCAUGAAUGAGUCAUAUCCUUUUGUUAAAGUGGAGUAUGUUAUUGAGAAUGUCACACAGUACUCUGAUGCUAACUCGUGUCACCGGACAAUAUUUGAUGAAUCAGUUUUUCCAGUGAGACCAGAGGCACCUCACUUUGAGAAUGCAAGGCCACAAAUCUUGGUAAUCUUAAAAUUUAUGUUUCCUAGUUAUCAAAAUUCAUCAACCCCAAACUCUUGGAAUGUUACUAUUAAUGUCACACAUUCCUACAUAUGGCUAGAAGAGGAUAAAGUUGAGCCUGAAGAAGCUCCAGAAGAUGACAAAAAUCAAGGCACAAUCACUUUCUUCUCCAUCACUCAGAGAGAGUCGCCAAGUCAAAACCUCUACACUGCUUUCAAAGUUAACUUUGGAUUAAGUUACAGCUGUGGAUCAAAUGAGUACAACUUUUACAGUACAUCAGCAAUCAAUGGAUCUAGUGUUCUACUUGAAGGGAUGCAGGUUCAACCUUAUAAUGUGUCAUCAAAUGUAUUCUCAUCAGCUGAUAAUUGUGCAGGGUAUCUAACAAUCACUGCAUGGAUGGGUAUUAUUGCUGUGAGUCUCCUUAUACUCAUACUAUACAUAUCGAUUGUUGCUGCAUUCUCCAUCGCUCCUGUUGACGAGUUUGAAGAUUCACGCGAAGAAACAAUUAAAAUAGAAAAGAUGCAUUAGUCAGUAGGCAGCAGAAAUACUUUGAUUAAUAAUAAUUAUUAUUGUGUAGAUUAUUUAUAUUUGUAUAAUAUAACUUAUAGCUUGCUUUAAGUUGAUGUUUGUGUGCUUGUGUGAUUUAUUAUAUGUCCAAGUCAUCAUCUGGGUCGCUCUCAUCCCAGUCAUCAA